AUGUCAGUCCUGAAUUACGACGGCCCGCGCCGUUUCUCGCGUCCUACUUCUGCUCGUACAUUCCCGGAGACAUACUACAACGAACGCCAUGCACCUCUGGACUACCCUCGAGCCGACCCUUAUGCUUGUCCUAUGGGAGGGCCCGUCAGCGGACUACGAACUCGAAAUCAUGUGGAUCGAGACGAGUUCCAGCGAGAGCAGGGAGGCUCGAGACGUCGCAUCGCAGUAGCCUGCGCGCGCUGUCGGAAGAGAAAGAUCCGCUGCAGUGGAGACAAAGGUGAUGGUCAGGGCUGUCAGAGCUGCAGGCAGGCUGGCGUUGAGGCAAGUCAGUGCCAGUUCCAUCGAGUCGGAUCUGACCAUGUCCACAAGGUCAUGGACAACUUCAACAUGGUCCAAAGCCUUGCCGACAUGGCAUCAGCCCACGACAUGAUGCCACUGUAUUCCGCUGGCGGCAACGGACCAUACAAUCGCAGUAUGCAAAGCCACCCAUACCCCCAGCUAGACACGAAAUAUGCAUACCCUCGGCUCGACACAAAGCCGGCCUAUACUUCUGAGUGGACCGGACCCUAUGGAGAGGACACAUCGCCCAUCGACACCUACUCUUUCGACCAGUCCCCGACGUACCUGCCAGGACCCACAACGCCGGCAGGCUCGAACAUGUGCGGACCUUCGUAUCGCUGGACGCACACUCCUACACGAAGCAGACAACCUACAACCAGUUACUAUUCUGACUACGGUCAUUCUUACAUUUCAAACAGCUUGCCGUACUUGCAGACCGACAUGUCACCAUCUGCUGCAACUGAACCAAUCUCGCCCCUCAACAUGUCUUCUCUGCAACUUACACUACCAGAAAGGCCUCGUCAGCGACAGCUACAGCCUACAGAGGUUCCUCUAACACCACGCAGACGACUUCCAGCCCCACAACCGAACCCAAAUCACGGUCUGCACCAUGCGCUUGAUCAACAGCAAGGUCAGCGCCUGCGCUCAUCUCAAACAAUCGCCACACCGUCAUUCAGCAACGUAACGCAGUCUUACACCAAUACGGAAUCAUUCGCCAAACCACUCAUGCCUUGGUCAGCUUCCAAUGAGAACUUGAUGAAUGCUGUCAAUGAAUCGACCACCGGAGCCAUGGCACCACCAGUGACCGUUCCAGCGCCAACGAACGCUACAGAUACCUCGCCGGCCUUCUUUCCUACAGGCACAUCAGCCGAUGUUAUCUCCAGCACAACAGACACUGCACCAUCGAACGAGCUCAACUUCGGCACGUUACCGCUUCUCGAUCCAUCGACCAUGACUGCACCGACCCCGCCUGCGUACUCCAACUUCAGAGAGUCUCGCGACCUAUCAGCAUCAACAACGACUCCGAUUUCUCGCAACAAUUCCUCAUCGAGCCUGUAUACCUUUGACGGCGCUUCGAGGCGGCCUUCCUUCGCUGGUGACGGCCCCUCGGGCAACCUUGUCAGCGGUCACCGGUAUACGCCUCUAAGCCAGCCAACUGAUACACCAAACAUGGAGAACCUCACGAGAGAGUCGUUCGAGACGCGAAACAUUCCACUGCAUCGCGCCUUGACUUCGGACCUCAACAGCAGCUUCUGAGCAUAUUGUAACGGAUCACUCAACUCUACACCUGGUCUUCGCAGCCCUUUCACGCAUCGCACUACUGCGCUGAUGUUUUCGUAUCUCCUUACGGCAUGUCUCUUCGGUUCAUACCGGGCGACCUCACCUCUACGACAUUUUCACAUCACUUGGACGUUCACCUUUCCACCACCGAAGGCUUCAAGCACUUCGCAUCC